CAGUUACACUGACUUGAAGUUUAAAACAAAGUGUAAAUCGAUUAAAACGCAUUGCAAUGGAUAUCUUUAGAGUUUUGAGCAGGGGGGCUUCGUUAAACAAAUCCAAGGACUAUAAGGCUGAUUUUACAGCUCCUGAUAAGGUCAAGUCUGCAACUGAACUGAAAAAGUCGAACGAUUUGAAUGUACAGGUGGAAAAGGAAAUAGACUUCUUUCACAGCAAACAACAUAAGAUUGUUAAAGAAGUAGAGAGCAAAGUUAAUGGGGAUGAGAGUGAUGACGAUGUGAAAGAUGAUGAGACAAGAAAGCAAGAACCUGUCAAGAUCACUACGAAAGAAGAAGCCUUAGAGCUACGUAAGCUCAACGGAUCGAAAGUUACCGGACACGAUGUUCCCUUACCAAUUGGUUCUUUUGAGGACUUGAUUAGCCGGUUCAGGUUGUCCAAGAUCCUACUGCAAAACUUGAUUGCGAACAAUUUCAACGAACCAACUGCCAUCCAAAGUGAAGCCAUUCCAUGUGCGCUAUUUAACAGGGAUUUGAUUGCAUGUGCUCCUACCGGUUCCGGUAAAACGUUAGCUUUCUUGAUUCCUCUCGUACAAAACAUUCUGGCCUCAAAUAUACGAUCAAAGAAGAGAAAAGGGGGCGAAAACAAAGGUUCCGAAGAGAAAAGGAUAAAAGGAUUGAUUAUUUCACCUACAAAAGAAUUGGCCCAGCAAAUAAACAAUCAGCUCAAUAAAAUCACCGAGAAUCUCGGUAUCAAAACGGGGUAUUUGAACAAAUCUCUCGCCUCCAAGUUCCGUUCCGGGGUUUCCAAAGCUUCCAAGUUUGACAUCAUUGUAACUACGCCACUUAGAUUGAUUGACCUAGUGAAGAACUCUGCGCUUGACCUCUCGUAUGUCGAGUUCUUGGUUUUCGAUGAAGCAGACAGUCUUUUCCAGUCUGAUUUCCUUGAGCAAACAGAUGCAAUCCUUUCCGCGUUGACAAGCCCAAAAUUAUGCAAAAGUAUUUUCUCUGCCACCAUCACGUCACAUGUUGAGGAGCUAGCCCAUGGUAUCAUGAAAGACCCCGUACGUGUCAUAAUCGGCUUGAAAGAGGCUGCCAACUCCAACAUCGAGCAAAAAAUAAUAUACUGUGGUGACGAACAUGGUAAACUUGUUGCGAUCCGUGACAUGAUUCAGAAUGGUGGGUUUAAACCCCCAGUCAUCAUUUUCCUUCAGAGUAUUGACCGUGCCAAGGCCUUAUUCAAUGAACUCUUGUAUGAUGGUUUGAAUGUCGACGUUAUCCAUGCAGAGAGAUCACAAAAGCAGCGUGAAGAUGCUAUUGCAAGGUUUAGAAGCGGAGAGUUAUGGUGUCUCAUAACAACCGAUGUUUUAUCGAGAGGUAUCGAUUUCAAAGGUAUCAACUUGAUCAUCAACUACGAUGUUCCGAACUCAUCACAGGCGUAUGUCCAUCGUAUCGGACGUACAGGACGUGCAGGCCGUACCGGACGAGCGGUCACGUUUUACACCAAAGAGGACACAGAUAUGAUCAAGAAUGUUGUUAACGUUAUGCGUGCAAGUGGUCAGAUUGAAGGUAUGCCUAUAUGGAUGCGGGACGAAACUGCACUAUCGAAGUUGAGUAAAGAUAGAAAAAGAAAGCUCAAACGUGAGCAACUCGAGCGUGGGAAAAUCAGCACUGUUCCAAAGGCAUUCAAAAAGCGCAAAUUCAGAAAAGCUUAAUAAUAUCGAUACGGGAAGGUUAACUUCUCUAGUUUCUAUUGGUUUUAGCUAUCUUUUCCAUCUUUCCACGCUUUUCGACCAAAGGCGGACUUCUAUAUCACUAUAUAAUGCUAAGCAUAUGACUGUAAAUGAAAUUUCCUGGCAAAAGAAGUCAAUGUUGCUCCCUGG